AUGGCCAAGAAAGGGCGUACGAAGGGCGAGAAGCCCGAAGCGCUCAUCUCUGCCCUGCAGGCAGCCAAUGAGGAUCUCAGGUCCAAGCUGACGGACAUUCAGAUAGAGCUACACCAGGAAAAAUGCAAGGUGAGCAAGCUGGAGCGCGACAAGGUGCAGGAGGUGAAGCGGGUGAAAGAGCAGGAGCAGCACCGUCACACCGCCACGUUGACAGAGCAGCGGGCCAAGUGGCACGAGGAAAAGCAGAAGGAGCUCCAGGCCCUCAGGGAAAACCUGACCCGGCAGCAUGAGCAGGAGCUGGCCCGCCACGCCAAAAUCAAAGACCAGGAGAACCAGAGGCUGAAAGCCGCACUGAGCGCCAUGCGCGACGGCAGCGGAGAGAAGGUGCGCACAGCUCUGACGAUGGAAGCCAAAGAGGAGGCUCGUCGCUUCUUCGACCAGGAGAGAGUGAAGCUCCUGCAGGAGAUAAUGGAGCUGAAGAGCGUUAAGAAGCAGACCGACGAGGCCCUGAGCAACAUGAUCCAGUCCGACAAGAUGAAGGCCGGGGACCUGCGGUCCGAGCACCAGCAGCACCAGGAGCAGAUCUCCAAGAUCAAGUGGGACUGCGAGAAGGACGUCCGCAGACUGGUGGAUGAAAUAAAAUCUAAAGACCGCACCAUCUUCUCUAUGGAGAGGGAACUGGAGUCGACAUCAGGGUUCCUACAGAAGCUGCAGCUUCAGAAGGACAUGCUGGACGAUCAGCUCUUCCUCGUCAAGGAGGCCGAGUGCGGCCUGGGCAGCCCGAAGAGAGAGAUCCCAGGCAGAGCUGGAGACGGAGCCGAGCACUGUGGCAGCCCGGACAUGAGGAGAAACCAGAGGCGCGUUGCUGACCUCAACUCAACUAUACGCAAACUGGAGGACCGCAACUCGCUGCUGGUCGACGAGAGGAAUGAACAACUGAAGCGAGUUCGAGAGUCGGAGAAGCAGUGCAAGCCCCUGCUGGACAAGAACAAGCUGAUGAAUAAGAGGAACGAUGACCUGACCCAGACCAUCCAGAAGCUGGAGGACAAACUCAGGAACCUGGCCAAGGAGAACCUGGAGAUGAAGGACAAGAUCAGCUCGCAUCCUCCACUGAAGAAGCUCAAGUCUCUAAACGACCUGGACCAAGCCCACGAUGACCAGGAAAUAGCCUUUCUCAAGCUCCAAGUCCUGGAGCAGCAAAACAUGAUCGACGAACUGACGAGGGAUCGUGAAAAACUACUAAGAAAGAAAAGGCAUAAAAGAAGUUCCAGGCCAAUAAAGAGGCAUAUCGUAGUAGAUACAUUCUUCGGAUACGACGAGGAGUCCAUGGACUCGGAGACGUCCUCGGUGGCCUCCUUCCGGAUGGACAGAACUCCUGCUACUCCUGAUGACGACCAGGAUCAGGGUCUAGCCAAUGAGGAGUCGGAGCUGCGUUUCCGUCAGCUGACCAGGGAGUACCAGGCCUUACAGCGAGCCUACGCCCUGCUGCAGGAACAGAAGGGAGGCAUCCUGGAUGCUGAGAUGGAAGCCAAGGCUCAGGAGCAGCUCCAUGCAGACGUUCUCAGGUACAAAGCCAAAAUAGAGGACCUGGAGAAGGAACUGACCCUGAGGGGACAGGACUCCAAAUGGGUGGAGGAGAAGCAGCUCUUCUUACGGCGGAAUCAGGAGCUUUUAGACAAGAUGGAUAAGUUGGACUCAGAGAGCGGUCGGAUGCAGCAGGAGCUACAAGACUCCAGAGACCAGAAUGAACUGUUGGAGUUCCGGAUACUGGAGCUUGAGGAGCGUGAGAGGAGGUCGCCUCCGUUCAAUCACCUGAGGAUGCAUCCGUUCUCUGAGGGAGUCAGUGCUCUGCAGAUCUACUGCAUGAAGGAGGGGGUGAAGGAUGUGUGUAUACCAGAUCUCAUCAAACUGCUCGACAUCCUGGGAGACAACGGGAAUUUAAGAAAUGAAGAGCAAGUGGCCAUUAUUCAGGCCAGCACUGUUCUCUCACUGGCAGAAAAGUGGAUCCAGCAGAUCGAGGGGACGGAGGCAGCACUGCACCAGAAGAUGAUCGACCUGGAGAUCGAGAUGGAGAUGUUCUGUAAACAGAAAGGUUAUCUAGAAGAAGAGCUGGACUACAGAAAACAGGCCCUGGACCAGGCCUACAUGCAAAUCCAGGAGUUGGAAGCGACGUUGUACAACUCCCUGCAGCAGGACAAGGUGAUAAAGUACGGCGAGCCUCUGGAUGAGCAUCAGCGGGACGAGCUGCGGACGGCGGUGGAGAAGCUGAGGAGGCAGAUGCUGAGGAAGAGUCGCGAGUUCGACUGCCAGAUCCUCCAGGAGAGGAUGGAGCUGCUGCAGCAGGCGCACCAGAGAAUUCGUGACCUCGAAGACAAGACGGAAAUCCAGAGGAGGCAGAUUAAAGAUCUGGAGGAAAAGUUUUUGUUUCUGUUCUUGUUCUUUUCUCUUGCCUUUAUCCUUUGGCCUUGA